AUGAGCUUGCAUGGAAACUCCUCCCGCUCUGACCAGGUCGAACCGUCUGUCGAGUCGACAAUAGGCUCGUCUGUACCUACUCCAUAUCCGCCGUAUAGCUACGGCUCAGUGUAUCCACGCCACCACCUUUCGUACCAAGCUCCAGAAUAUCACUACAAUCCAGCCUACUAUCAGUCUACACCAUACACUCACAACCAACAUUCAUCCUGGGACCACGAUGAUGAAGACCAGUUUAUCAUGACGACAACUGUGGUAUCACCAUCUGGACGUAAACGGCGGCGCGCGGACGACGACAACCGUUAUCCUGCGAUGUAUCCUCACGCUUCGUCGUACCCCACACACCCGUUAUACCCGCCACCUCUGCCCAGUCUGCUUGCGACUCAGCAGCAGCAAGUCGUACCAGAAUCGGCUCCUGUCGCGCCACCCGCGAAACAACGCAAACGACGUCGCAAAGAGCCUGCCACCACAGCUCUCGCCGAUGCGGCACCGUGUGGCACUGGACCCGCCGCAGCUGGUGCACCCGACAUUGUCCAGGGCGCAUUCCGCGACAGCUCGAAUGCAGCGCCGCGUCAUCGUCCGCUGACGAUUUCGCCGCGGGAGAUCAUAGCGAUGCGUGAGCGCGGUCGCUCAGAGGACUCGCACCGGUCUUCUGUUCCGGUGUUCACAUUCAUGCGCCCACUCGAUUCUGACGCUGAGCCGGAAGGAGGGUUUGUUGCUCCGGACGACGAGCCCGUUUUGACGGGGAGACCGGCUUCGAAAUACCUGGGAUGUCGCCUGUGCAAGCACUGGAAGGUGUACACAAAUCGGAAGGACGGCAUCAUAUCCACUCUGAAGCGGCAUCUUGAGAACAACCAUCAAACAGAGUGGCACGGAUACCUGCGCUCUUGUGACGUGCGGCAAGCGCGAACCUGCGGAAAGCAACCCGCGUCUCCCUCGGACACCGACGGGCAGGACUUCGCCUUCGACUACGACGUCUUCCUGGAGCUAUUUACUCGCUGGAUUGUCUCAGAUGAUCAAUCUGUUAAUGCGGUCGAAAACGAUGCGUUUCGCGUCAUGAUGGCAUAUUUGGGCAAUGCUUCUGGUGUCGAUGACGCCAAGAUCCCUCGCAGAGACAAGAUGACCGGACUCAUAUGGAACUCAUACAAAUGCGAGUACGAUGACUUGCUUGAUACCUUACAGAAAUCACCCGGUCGUCUCUCCUUCACAACAGAUCUUUGGUCCGAUCCCAAUCUCCGCUCGUUCAUGGCGAUAACCGUUCACUGGGCGACACGCAACCGCAAGACUCAUCGCCUCGAGCUAGCUUCCCGGUUGCUCGCUUUCCGACAUCUUUCUGGCGAACAUACCGGCGAGAGACUGGCCGCGGUCUUCUUCGGUGUUCUCAAAGAAGCUGGAAUCGCACACAAGGUCGGCCAUAUAUCGAUGGACAAUGCAUCCAACUGCCAGACGAUGAUGGUACACCUUGAAGGCUUGUUCAAGCAGAUCGGCAUCCCUUUUAGCGCUGAAGGCAACCGCGUGCGAUGCUUCCCUCACGUCAUGAACAUCGCCGUGCAAACAGUCCUCGAGCAUCUCAAGAGCCAUGCUUUAGAGCCGAUGCGCGAGUUUCUUGCUGAUCUGAGGACCGACGGGACCCGCACUGGCGCGCGUACACGCGGUGAAUGGCAGCCUCGCAUUGAUGCCCUCUGUAAUGAUGUUGUCGGACGUGUGCGCUGCCUCGUCGCAUGGUGCCGCCAGUCUGGUGAUCGUCGGGGCGAACUCCGCAGACUGAUUGUUGAGGGUAAUCAGUCGAAGUCGUGGGACAAGAUCCUUGUCGAUGAUUCUGUUAGCCGCGUGAAUGCAAAAGAGAACGAGCUUCCGCUUCUACAGCUUCUGCGCGAUUGUGAGACUCGUUGGUCUUCGACGUUCUUCAUGAUAUCACGAUUUCUCACAUUACAUCAGGCUAUCGAGCGCCUCCUAUCGCAUCCCAGCCAAUCCAAACAUAUCCACAACCUUCUGUCGACUGAAGAAGUUGAAGCAGUCCAAGACAUCUAUCAACUCCUCGAAAUCCCGCAUGAUGCACAGCAAAUCCUCUCGUCCCAUCAUACACCAGGUCUUGCGCUUGCAGUGCCUACAUACGAAGCCGUGAUCGAGAAGUGGACAGAGUUGAAAGAUACUCUUCCCCAUCUUGCACACUUCAUCGACAUUGGCAUCGAGAAACUGGAUGAAUAUCGCGCCUAUGCGCGACGAACACGUGCAUACGGUCUCGCGAUGGCGCUUCAUCCCGGCAUGAAGCUUGAAGGUGUGGCGAAAUAUUGGGGCACCGCCGAUGCAGACAUUGUUCGUGACUGGCUGGUUGAUGCGAUGAUCGAAUACAAGUUGAAGGGCGGCAAAGUUCGGUCGACCUCUACCCCUGCAUCUCAUGCCGGCCAGCAUCAGAUGGAUGCUUUCGUCGGGCUGACUCUCGGGCGCCGUAGUGCCAAACAGGCAUGUCGAGCUGAUCAAGAUUUACAAGCAAGUCAAUCGGCAUCGCAGGAGUCGGAAAGCGAUGAAUCAGAUCGGCGUCUACGCGAAGCGCGUACCGCGGCACUCCAGGAGCUUCGUCGGUACGAAGGUGACGGGGUGCUGCCCUUAGCACAUCAUUCAUGCAUAGACGUCAUAGGGCAUUGGGGGGAACUUGAAUCGUCUUACCCACUCAUUUACCGAGUGGCGCUCGACAUCCUUCCCACACAGGCCACAUCGGUGCCAUCCGAGCGUGUAUUUUCCUCGUCGAAAGAGACCUGUACCUUGCGACGCAGUCAGCUGUCGACAGGUCUAUUGGAGGUAUUGCAGGUCCUCAAGUUUCACUGGCGCUCAGAGCCGCUCUCCUUCACGUCCGAGUGGAUCGCUAAUGCCGAGGAUUAUCGUGUCGAAGGAAGAGUGACUGAAUAUGCUGCAUGGGAGUUGAUUGCGGCGGGAAAAAUCGAAGAGCUUGCGGACUUGUACCGAAACUGGAUAGAUUAA